AUGAAUAAGUCCACGGGUGUUCCCUCUGGACCAAGAAACGUCAUCUCUAUUGUGAACAAGACCUCCGUGACUCUGGAGUGGCACUCUCCGCGUGAGACGGGCGGCCGUGAUGAUGUUGUGUACAAUAUUAUUUGUAAGAAAUGCCAGGCGGACCGUCGUUCCUGCUCCCAUUGCGACGAUAACGUGGAAUUUCAGCCCCAGCAGCUGGGACUGACCGAAUCCAGAGUCUUCAUCAGUAACCUGCUGGCACACACUCUCUACACCUUUGAGAUCCAGGCGGUCAACGGCGUCACCAACAAGAGCCCGUAUCCUGCCCAACACGUCUCCAUAGACAUCACAACCAACCAGGCUGCUCCGUCCAUUGUUCCCAUAAUGCAUCAGGUCAGUUCGACGAUGAAAAGCAUCACGUUGUCAUGGCCACAGCCUGAACAGCCCAAUGGAAUUAUUCUCGAUUACGAGCUACGUUACUAUGAGAAGGAGCUGUCUGAGGUGAACUCCACACAGGUGAGGAGUCAGACGAACACGGCUCGUGUGGACGGAUUACGGCCGGGCACCAUGUACGUGAUGCAGGUUCGCGCCAGGACGGUUGCCGGUUUCGGCAAAUACAGCAGCAAAAUGUGCUUCCAAACCCUCACAGAUGACGACUAUAAAUCAGAGCUGAGGGAGCAGUUGCCGCUGAUUGCGGGCUCAGCCGCGGCUGGAGUGGUCUUCAUUGUGUCUCUGGUGGCCAUAUCUAUAGUCUGUAGCAGGAAACGAGCAUACAAUAAGGAGGCCGUGUACAGUGACAAACUCCAGCACUACAGCACUGGAAGAGAACUCACUUUAAGGCCAGAUCUGUCCAACUGCCACACACCCAUGGGCUGCCCGACCCUGCCAGGCUCUCCGGGGAUGAAAAUCUACAUCGACCCUUUCACCUACGAAGAUCCUAAUGAAGCCGUCAGAGAAUUCGCCAAGGAAAUAGACGUCUCCACUGUCAAGAUUGAAGAAGUUAUUGGGGCAGGUGAGUUCGGGGAGGUGUAUAAAGGUCGACUGAAACUGCCUGGAAAACGAGAGAUCUACGUUGCCAUCAAAACACUGAAGGCGGGCUAUUCUGAGAAGCAGAGGCGCGACUUCCUGUCUGAGGCAUCAAUCAUGGGGCAGUUUGACCACCCCAACAUCAUUCGCCUGGAGGGUGUGGUCACCAAGAGCCGACCGGUCAUGAUCGUCACAGAGUUCAUGGAGAAUGGGGCACUCGACUCCUUCCUUAGGCAAAACGAUGGGCAGUUCACAGUGAUCCAGUUGGUGGGGAUGUUGAGGGGAAUUGCCGCAGGCAUGAAGUACCUGUCCGAGAUGAAUUACGUCCACAGAGACCUGGCUGCCCGCAACAUCCUGGUCAACAGCAACCUCGUCUGCAAGGUGUCGGACUUCGGCCUGUCCCGUUAUCUGCAGGAAGACACCUCUGACCCCACCUACACCAGCUCACUGGGUGGAAAGAUCCCUGUGAGAUGGACCUCGCCGGAAGCCAUCGCAUACAGGAAGUUCACUUCUGCUAGUGACGUCUGGAGUUACGGUAUCGUCAUGUGGGAGGUGAUGUCUUUUGGCGAGAGGCCCUACUGGGACAUGAGCAACCAAGAUGUGAUCAACGCUAUAGAGCAGGAUUACAGGCUGCCGUCCCCCAUGGAUUGUCCCACUGCUCUCCACCAACUGAUGCUCGACUGCUGGCAGAAAGAUCGGAACGCUCGGCCGCGCUUCACGGAUAUCGUCAGUACGUUUGACAAACUCAUCCGCAACCCCACCAGCCUUAAAGCAGUUGCCAGUAUACCCACUAUUCCGUCCCAACCGUUGUUGGACAGGUCCAUCCCAGACUUCACCACCUUUAGUUCUGUAGAGGAUUGGCUGGCUGCUGUCAAGAUGUCUCAAUACAGAGACAACUUCCUCAACUCUGGCUUCACAUCCCUACAGCUGGUCACCCAGAUGACUUCAGAGGAUCUGUUGAGGAUAGGUGUGACUCUAGCCGGCCAUCAGAAGAAAAUCCUCAACAGCAUUCAGUCCAUGCACCUGCAGAUGUCCCAGUGUCAGACGGGCACAGCGCUGGCAUGACUACAGGGGGCGCCAGACGACGGGCUGGGCAGCUUGCGUAAGAAUUACCAGCGGGUGAGCCCAAUCCCAUCGGAGCGCGCAAGAAUAGAGACUAUCAUCCUGAUCUGAGAACAUGUUUCAGGAGAGGAACCAUUAUCCCAUAUCCAACAGACCAGAUCGGAACAGGACCACCGAGACUCGCAGGACAUCUGUUAACCCGUCGGCUGUUUGUCUCUUUGGGCUACAUUUACAGGGAAAACCGAAGAAGCGGACUCUUUUGUCCUCUUCUUGUCAUUAAUUCUGUUUUAGUUACCUUCGUGUUGCUUAUCAAAAACAUCACAAUGACUAUUCCGAUUCUGAGACGUCUACAACGUUUUCUACAAGGUUCUUUCAUUCUUCUUUUUUUUCCACUAUAAACCUUCUAUCGUCACUGCUUACCACUUACACUACCUGUCGAUCUCGGUAUGGCUGAUGUUGCCAAAGGACAUCCUGUAUGCCUGCGUCCCAUCCCUAGGCCAUACAAGCAUAAAUAAUGUAUAUCUUUAAAUAAAUACGAGUAUAUCUUCAGAGUAAACCUUCAUAUUGAAGGUGAAGUGUAACGGACCUUUAUGUAAAUACCCUCUUCUUCCGCUUGCAUUUUUGGCAAUGUUGCGCGUUGGAUCAGAACCGCCGAUUCUGCAGGACACGGACUCGCUUACAUCAGCGCGACGCCACGAGAACAAUCUGGGAUGAACUCUGACUCUGUCAAUGUUGUGUAAAUAUCAAUUAGUUGUGUAUAAACUAGCGUUAAAAAGAUAUACUUUAGGUGAAAAAAGCUACGCAUUCAGGCCACUAAACAGUGUUUAUUGUAGGUGUUACCAUGCUGAUGAGCACUUCCGUGUACAGCUUUUCUUUCUUCCACUUCUUCUUCUACUUCUUCUAGUCGUUCUUGUUAGUUUUGUGUCAGAGUGUUUGAAUGCGUCGACUAGCAUUGGGGGAGGGUGCGUAGUCACCGCCUAAACUAGCUAGUACACUUAAAUGUAGUUCCUCUGUUAAUAAGCUGUACUAAUGUUGGUCUUACAGGGUCUUUAAAACCGCUAAUCUGUUUCCAAGCACGUGUUUACAUAAGCGAACGGAAAGGUUGCAGACAGGAAACGAAGAGACUUGCGAAACCGCUGCCCUUUACCAAUUUUAUCAGGCCGAGUCACACUCUCGGCUCUAGAUGUUUCUGGAUGACAUUGCUAAAUGCGGUACAUGUUCUUUCAUGCCAUCAGCUCUCCAUUUAUUUGUGUGUGUGUCUGGAUUGAACAUCUGUGUGACCCUUUAUGAACAGAUGCCUAAUGCCACCCCAUUGAGCACAUUCUACUUAAGCAGUCAGUGAAGCACUGGGAAACACACACACACAGGCUUUUGAUGGCUUUGGGCUGUUACUUUUUGGUUGCCAUGAAGAAAUAGCAUCAGCUUAUUGACGAUGAUAAUAAUAUUAUAG